CAUUUAGGAUGGCAGCUAGCCGGACUUUGUGCGAUAUUUGUGUGGUCAGCCAUCCUCAGUAUCAUCUUAUUCUUCACUCUCAAGAAAACAAAAAUGCUCCGAGUUUCUUUUGAAUAUGAGAUGAAAGGUUUGGACAUACCGAAACACGGAGAAACCGCCUAUCCAGCGGAGGCGUACGGUCAUGGUUGGGGAGAAAAGGGCGACACUUUAGCUGGUCUGGCGAAAACAGCAAUUGCAUCUAGUACAGUGACAGCCAUCAAUGAAGAUGUUUCGAUGAGAUUACCACAAAAAGCAAGCCCUGGAGAGAGCCCUGAAGUUGAUGCAAUGAAUAACAAAAAUGGUCACGUUAACAAAUCAUUUACUGGAUCAUCAACACAAUUAUAAAUUGAAAAUUCAG